AUGAAGCUCGCCAUCAGUAGAACGCUUCUGGCGGCCGCGGUAGCCGUCGUAGCCGUCUCGGCCGACACGGACGUGUCCGUUUGCAGGGACGCCACUUACACGCUCCCAGACUCGCGCGGUGCCAUUUGCUCCGGCGCAGGCGACGCCCCCGCAGGCACUGCCUGCCCGCUCAAGGGCGAUGUGGCCACAGCCGACUGCCACUCGUACUUGCCGUCGUAUGAUGGAACGCAGUGCACAGCGCAGGAGGACGCCAUGUGCACCAUUGUGAACGGCAACACUUGGGGCUGUGUGUUCCCGUCUGUGGGCUGCGCUGGCAGCAGCUCGUCGAACGCGACGACUCCAUGCCCCGUCACGAGCCUGCCGGACAUUAACGCGACUACCCCGUGCCCGGUCACCUCCCUACCGGACACCAACGCGACGACCCCAUGUCCAGUGACCUCUCUACCAGACACCAACCUGACUGCGACGCCGUGCCCCAUCACCUCUCUGCCUGAUACUGAAGUGACGACGCCGUGCCCGGUCACCUCCCUCCCGGAUUCAGAGACGACUACGCCGUGUCCAGUUACCUCUCGUCCGGAUACCCUUGCCGCCACUUCAGUAACAACCCCGUGCCCUGUAACCUCGCUGCCGGACACGACCACGGCUCCUUCAUCGGCGACUCCUUGUCCUGUGACUUCACUGCCGGACACAACCGACGCACCGUCCACAACUCCGUCUUCGAGCACUCCGUGCCCGGUAACCUCGCUGCCGGACACAACCGAUGCGCCGUCGAGCACUCCUGCUGCAACCACCCCGUGCCCUGUGACUUCAUUGCCGGACACAACCGACGCGCCGUCCACAACUCCGUCUUCGAGCACUCCGUGCCCGGUAACUUCGCUGCCAGACAACACUAAUGCGCCUUCGAGCACUCCUGCUGUCUCCACCCCGUGCCCCGUGACGUCGCUGCCGGACACGACCACGGAUCCUUCAUCAACGACACCUUGUCCUGUGGCUUCACUCCCGGACACAACUGACGCGCCGUCGAGUACUCCUGCUGCAACCACCCCAUGCCCAGUGACAUCCCUGCCCGACCACGAGCAGCAGCAACAACAGUCGUAAGGUGUCCGUAUCUGUAGUUAGCGCUCCAGCAGGAUGUCGGUUGUUGGCAUUUAGUCCGGAGAUUGAAUCCGUUUUGCAUCUUUCGCUUCGGUCUUGUAGUGGAUUAUUUCAUUAUUGAUCGACGCCUGUUUGAAUAGCAGGUUAUGUAGCAGA